UUAUGGGAUCAAACUAUUGAACCAUUAUGGAAAAAACUGGAAUCUGAUUAUCAAAAUGUUGAACAGAGUGAAAAAAAAUGGUGCACUAGGAAAAAGUAUUUCAAACCAUAUUUAGAAAUCCCCAAAAAGCUGUAUCCUCCUACAUGUUAUAAACAUGUUCCAAAAAAAUAUAAAUGUGUUCGACCUUUUCCCCCCAAUAAAUGUUCUUUGCAAAAUACUUGUAACAGUGUAAAAAAAUAUUAUGAAAUGUGUAAAUCUGAGGAAGUAAAUGUUCCCUAUUUACCUUCCAUGUUUUCCGAAGCUAUCGCUAAUGGAGAUUCCCCUUUUAAGGACAUUGAUGAUGUUACGUUCUCUCGGCAAGUGCAAACACACUGUGAUUGUCAUUCGUCAAAUUAUGCUACUGUUAUUUCUGUAUGUGUUUCCUUUUUUGGAACAGUCUUAAUUCUAUUUUUAUUAAACAAAUUUACUAAUCUUGGGUCUAUAAUGUCUCAUAAAAGCAUACAUAUAAAAAGACAUAGAAAGCAUUUUGACGAAGAAAAGGCACGCGAAGCAUAUAAAAGAAUUAUAUGUAACAAUCCACAUUACGAUGUUAUAAAAAAUAAUAUUUCUUAUGAAGUUGUGCAGCAGCAUUAA